UCCCCUACGCGCACAAACACAGCGGUCGUCUUACAUAGUGCUCACAUAGCCCCCCCUUGCCUUUCUUUUGGGCAUAUUGAACAUUUUGAAGGGUGGGUUGCUGCUGCUCGCGCAUUUUUUUACAUAUUACAAUGUUGCCUUCUGGGAUUGCCACCACCUCUCACAUUGUGUCACACGCUUCUUCCUCUAACAGCAACAAUAACUCCUCUUCCGCCACUACAACUUCGUCAGCAAACUCGGGCUCGCGAACCGGCCGACUACGCGGACUCUCGUACCUACGCUCCUACGCUCACGGCCACUCUCACUCCCACAACAACAACAACAACAACAACCACAACACUGGCAACCACAACACUGGCAACCACAACAACGGCAACGGCCAACCUGCAAACGCUACCAUCGUAACCACCACUACCACUACCACUACCAUCACUUCCUCCUCCUCCGCCUCCCCCUCCUUCGCAAACUCCUGGAAUCCAUCCUCCCCCCCGGCUUCUUCUCGUCCUCCGCGCCAACGCCGCGCCACUUCGCCUCUGAACAACACCGCCUUGAAUUCAUGGAUACCGACCGUUAGUGGUGUGAGCGGUCUAUCACGUGUCGUGUCGCUACCGGCUGCUGAACUUUCUACGCCAACCGUGCAUGCUACAAACGUCCCACCCCCUCCAAACGACGGCUCCGACCCCAGCUCCGCCGUCCGUUCGAUCGACCAGACCAUAUCUUCCCACGGCCCCUCCUUUUCGUCGCAACAGCAGUCAUCCGCCAUGGUCACUGCCAACAGCAAUGGUGCCCGCGCGGGGCUUCAUCCCGACAACCAGCCUCUGCCGUCGAUACGCUUCACGCCCUACAUAGACCUCCGCUCGAACCGCGAGUCCCUGCACUUUGCUCCGAUCGAACGCUGCCUGCGACAGAAGGACGAACACAUUCGAGUCGGCCGUGCCAGCGAACGCGACGCCAACAACCCUCACGCUCCCGUCGGCUUCAGUUCGAAGGUGGUGUCGAGGCGGCACUGCGAGUUCUGGUGCGACAACGGUCAGUGGUUCGUUAAGGAUGUUAAGAGCUCCAGCGGCACGUUCCUGAACCACAUUCGACUGUCGGCACCUGGCAUGGAGAGCAAGGCCUAUCCCCUCAACGACGGCGACAUACUGCAGUUGGGAAUAGAUUUCAAGGGCGGUGAGGAGCAGAUCUUCAGAUGCGUCAAGAUACGGGUCGAGUUGAACCGGGCAUGGCAGAAGGCUCUGAAUAACUUCAACAUGUCCGCGCACCGCCGGUUACGAAAUCUUGCAACGGCCGGGAAGGACCCAGAUACCAGCUCAUUGAACACUUCGGAAUGCGCGAUAUGUCUCCUCCCUGUGGCACCCUGUCAAUCUUUGUUCGUUGCGCCCUGUUCCCAUGUUUGGCACUACAAGUGUAUCCGACCUCUGGUUGAGAAGGAAUACCCGACCUUCCUCUGCCCGAACUGUCGCGCCAUCGCGGAUCUCGAGCGCGAGAUCGAAGAGGACGAGUUCAGAGAGGAGCUCUGGGAGGCGCCGCCGCCCGAAAUCCUGGAACCAUACGCCAAAAACCAGUCGCAUUCCGAGUCGCCGACUGGCGCAGUGGGCACCGCCGAAGCCACCACGGCCACCGCUGCAAUCACCUCGAGCGACGCUGUGAUUUCCGGUCCCUCCGGCAAUGGCACCGCCACCAACGCACCCCCGGCGGCGCCCCCGCAGACCAUCGCCGUCGCAGUCCCGAGCCCUUCACAGUCACCCCCGGCCGAGACGGCGCCUCCAUUCGGCCCCCAAACUCCGCCACUACAAAUCAACUGCCCAUGGCGCAACCGGCGUAGCGUCGACGAGGGAGGCUCAAGCGAUAGCAGCGGCGGCGAGACGGGCCACGAGGGCCCAUUGACGCCCAUGAACGACGUCGGCCCCUUCGUUCUCGACGGGAGUCAGCCGCGCGGAGACAGGGGACGUAGGGAAACUCUGUUCCUGCCACUGGGAAUGGGCGCCCUUUAGUUCAGUAGUCGGAUACAUUUACGGGAGGCUACUGCCUCUUUCAGAGUUCUUUUUCAUUUGAUACGGUUUUUUUUCUUUUCUUAUUCUCUGCUUUGACUUUGACGAUGCCAUUGCUUGCUUGUGGUACAUAAUUCGAUCCCAUUACGCCGCCUCUCACUUUCUUUCCUUUUUCGUUUUCCUGUUUCUUUCGUUCUCCUCCACUUCUUCUUCUUCUUCUUCUUCUUUUUCUGUGUUGAAUUGCGUGCUUAGCUAGCAAAGC